AUGCAGCAACAGUAUCGUGCAUUUGCUCAGCCAGCACCUCAGAGGUCACCCCAUGCGACUGCACGUCGCGGUGGCAUUGGCCCAAUGAUGUCUGCAGGACCUCACCCAGCAGUUCCACUGACACAAGCGCAAAUGGCACAACAACAGCAAGCUCAGGUACAGGCAGCUGAACUUGCAAAGCGACGCAGCCGCAAACCUACCGAUAAAAACAUUCCCGACGGAAUCGAGGAUAGCAUUGUCAACCCGGAGAGCGCCCAGCGAUACAGAGACCUGAAAGAUAUUGAGCGCUUGCUUGAUGCGACCAUAACACGCAAACGGCUAGAUGUGCUCGAUAACACACAGCAUCCUACAAAGUUGACAAAAACCCUUCGUAUCUGGAUCACCAAUACUGUGCAAGAUCAAGUCUGGCAGGGCAAUGGACCAACAUCGGACUCGUUCGACUUCUCAGGCGCUGCUGAGGCAUCAUAUCGCGUUAAAAUUGAAGGGCGCCUUCUUGAUGAGGAAACCGCCACGGACGAGAAUAAAUCAAAGUCAUCCGCUGGCGACGCUUCCAACGAGGACAAUGACCACGACAUGGGUGAAGAUAUAGCUACAGCCGAGAAGUCGAGUGCUUCCCCCAACAAUCUGAAGCUGUCCCACUUCUUCAAAGCUAUGACUGUCGACUUCGAUCGUUCGCGCUUCCGCAAUGGCGCUGAACAGAGCUUUGAGUGGAAGAAGCCCGAGGCGGCUUUGCGACAUCCUAACGGACCAAAUCUUCCUGCUGCUGCCGAUUUUGACGAAAUCACAUUUAAGCGCAAUGGCGAUGAAAACGCAAACAUCACCAUCAACAUGUUUCGGCAGGAAAUACCGGAGCGAUUUGAAUUCAGUACGGAACUUGCCGACAUCAUAGACAUGAAAGCAGGCACACAGCAAGAAGCCGUGAUGGGACUUUGGGAAUAUGUUAGGCAGCGCAGUCUCCAAGAGGACGAAGAAAAGCGCAACUUUCGCUGCGACGAACUAUUGAAACGGGUCGUGAGAUCUGAUAUUGGAUUUAUUCCCAUGCUCAACGAAUACGUGGCGCAGAACCUGCGACCUCUUCUACCCGUUGCGCUACCGUAUACUAUUCGCGUUGAUGAAGAAUUUCACAAAGAUCCACAGCCAACCGUCUACGAUGUGCAAGUGACUAUUGACGACCCUUUGAGAGCGAGCCUGCAGGAGCUCAUCAACAACCCGCAGUAUUUGGCCAUGCUGAAGGAUAUCAGCGGACUUGAUGAACAGCUUGCACGUCUCGUGCAAGCUGUAUCAGCUUCCAAGGCUAAACACACGUUUAUGAAGUCGCUAGGCGACGAUCCCGCAACUUUCGUCAAGAACUGGCUGAGUUCGCAGAAACGGGACCUCGAGGUUAUAAUGGGCGAAGGCUCUAAUGGAGGUGAUAAUGGCUAUGGAGACGAAUGGCGCAGAGGUGGAAGCAACAGCGUUUGGGCGACGCAAACUGCUAGAGAAAGUGUCAAUGUCCUACUUUCUCGGCAACGUUAG